CGCUGUCGGAUUCGUUCCACCCUUCAACGCAUCCCGACUGCGUUUCGUCGCAACUUGAACGAUGGCGCCCUCUCCUUUCUCCAUUCAGGAUUCUCCACGCUCUUCUCGCAGAGCUUCCGUUGCAGGGUCAGCCUACUCAGCAGCAGGCUCGACACGACACAUGCUCGCCGACUACAACCCAGAUCGUAACUCGGCCUCCUUCCUCGACGUCCCUCGCUACAAUGGCGCCAGUCCUGGUCCGUCAACACCGUCGACUCCCCUUUCGCCAGUAGGGUCAGCUACUGGCCUGUCGCUGAUGGUCAACUACAUCCCGUCCAAAUUUGGAAGUACCCUCUCAAGUCGCAAGGCGUACAGGAAUGGCGCUGGGCAAGGACCUGCGGUGCCGAAGCAAGGAGGUGGACUGGCUGCGUUCAAGAGCAACGAAAACAGGAUCGGUGGGAAGGAUUUGAGGUGGACGAAAUUCAAAUGGGUACUGUUCUUUUCUAAUCUCCUGUUAACACUAUACUCUCUCGGUGCCAUGAUCAUCAUUCUCCUCACCUGGUUCAAUGUCUUCGAGAAAUCGGAAAUUAUCCGGUUUGGCAACCACACCGAGCUCGCAUUGAGCACGACAGCCGCAGUCCUCGGCCUUGUUACCUCCCUUAUUGGAUGGGCCGGCAUCCUCCUCAACAAUCGUGCCUUCCUCGCCGUCUACUGCCUUCUCACCUGGAUUACCUUCAUCUUCAUUGUCGCGCCCGGCUAUCUCACCUUCCGCAAACAAAAUUACUCUCUCGAAGGCAAGGUUAACGAGCAGUGGUCACGUCGUCUCGGUCCAGUGGCUCGCAUGCGCAUCCAAUCUCAACUCCACUGUUGCGGCUACUUCAGCCCGUAUGUCGAAGCAACCGUCACCCAAACCUGCUACUCCAGGAGCGUUCUUCCAGGUUGCAAGAAGCCGUACUUGGAUUACCAACGUCACAUCCUUGGGGUUUUCUGGAAGAUUGCAUUCUCCAUCGUACCUGCGCACCUCCUCGUCAUGAUUGCGGCUCUGCUGUGCUCGAACCACGUCACUUAUCGAUUUGGAAAAGGCAUGAUGCCGGAGGCAUACCGCUUGAACCCGGAUUCCAUGGCGGUCAUCAUGGAUCAAUACGCUGCUCAACUCGCAGAACAGUACGGCCCUGAAGUCGCGAAUAAAGUCCUUGAGAAGUCACGCUCGACCAUGAGCCUCUCGACGGCCUACAACUCAAGUCCUCGUUGA